AUGGAUGUGUUUGCCGAUAAAAGUUGGGUAAAAUUAAAUAGAGUACAUGGUCAGUACAGAGUGGCAUUAACUUCAUUUUUAGAUCAUGCAUUUGCAACAAAUGCAAUUGAAAACAAGAUUGCUUGUCCAUGUGGAAUUUGUGCAAAUCGUUUGUAUCAUGAAAAGCACAUAGUGAUGAAACACAUGAUUAUGAAAGGAAUGGAUGUUGAUUAUCAAAAAUGUAUUUGGGUUUUUCAUGGAGAAUCAGGGUUUAUUGUUGAUGAUGAUUGCUUAGAGGGUAUUUUGAACAAUGCUAGUGAUAAUGUAAGUGAAGAUGGUAUUUUUAAAAUGGUAGAAGAUGCAUUUGACUUUCAUGAAACAACAACUAAUUUAUCUGGCAUAAAUGCUGAAGCUGAAGCCUUUUUUAAGUUACUCGAAGAUGCUAGACAGCCAUUAUAUGAUGGUUGUGAAGAAUUUAGCAAGCUUUCUUUUAUUGUUGAGAUGUAUCAUAUAAAAUGUCUAUAUGGUGUGACAGAUGUAGCAUUUGAUGCAUUAGUCAAACUUUUUAAAAAAGCUCUUCCUGAAGAUUCUGUAUUGCCAAACUCUUUUAAACAAAUGAAAAAUAUCAUUAAAAAGCUUUGUUUGGAUUAUAAAAAGAUCAAUGUAUGCCCAAAUGAUUGUGUGCUUUUCUGGAAAGAUAAAACUAGAUUAGAUAAAUGCCCAACUUGUGAUGCAUUGCGGUGGAAAACAUCAGAUGAUGGAACAAUCAUAGAAUUGGCUAAUGGUAAAAAGGUUCCAAUAAAGGUAUUGCGUCACUUUCCCUUGAUCCCUAGGCUGAAAAGGCUCUUUAUGUCAUCCAAAACAUCUCAUCUCAUGCGUUGGCAUGCUGAGCGGGAAAAGGAUGGCAAGAUGAGGCAUCCUGCUGAUUCAUGUGCUUGGAAAGAAUUUGAUGAGAGGUAUUAUGAUUUUUCUAAGGAUCCUCAAAAUGUAAGGCUUGGCUUAAGUAGUGAUGGUUUUAAUCCUUUUGGUAUGAUGAGUACCCAAUAUAGUAUAUGGCCGGUAGUUUUGAUGACUUAUAAUUUACCUCCCUGGCUAUGUAUGGAACAACCAUAUUUCAUUCUUUCAUUACUUAUACCAGGCCCCAAGGGUCCAGGAAAUGAUAUUGAUGUGUUCUUAGAACCUCUAAUUGAUGAGUUAGAAAUACUAUGGAAGGUCGGUGUAGAAACUUAUGAUGCCUCAAGAUGUGAAACAUUCACAUCACAUGCAGCUUUAAUUUAUACCAUCAACGACUUCCCUGCCUAUGGUAACCUCUCUGGUUGGCCAACAAAAGGUAAACGUGCAUGUCCUUAUUGCAAUGUUGAUACAUGCUCCAUGUAUCUUAAAGGAAGCAAGAAACUAUGCUACCCAAGGUUUCGACGCUUCUUAGAAGAAACUGAUGCUUUGUGCUACAAUGGAAAAGCAUAUGAUGGGAGAGUAGAGUUAGCACCUCCUCCUAGAUCCUGGACAAGAUCUGAACUAUUAGAGAAAAUGAAAGAUGUCGAUGUGGUAUUUGGAAAACAACCUGAUACCAAAAAAUUGAAUAAACAAAACAAGCGAAAAAGGGGGGGUAGAAAAUGUCCCAUGGAAGAAGAAAAACUCUUUUUUCAGAUUAGAUUACUGGGAACAUCUACCUAUCCGUCAUAA